CCUUUGAAGCUCUCUGCGCCUAUUAUUUCAGAGAGUUGCAUCCAAAAUAAUUUAAACACGACCAGUGUUAUACAGUUUGCCAUAUUUUGACAACUCAACUUCUUUUGAAACAUUAAGCAAAAUACGAUUAUUGGAUUAGUCCGUCCAGGAUGACGUUAAUGAUAGGCAUGUUAACAAACAAACGAAACUGCCUCUGCGCGCUAGUUUGGCCAACAAGACGGUUGAAGGAGGGCGAAAAAUAAAUUAUUUUCCACAUGACCGACGUGAAUGUUAGCCACACAUGGUGCAUUUCCCUAGGCGCUGGAUCAAAAUCCGCCAAUGAAAAAAAAAUCACUGCAGAAUGUAGGCGGGGAAUCCUAAACAGCUGGUGGAUUGUGGAGUGUGGAGCUGUGGAAACAAUAAUACAAAGCAGUCAUCAUGAGGAACGCGAUUGUUCUUAUUUGGUUGGGUUUAUUGAUAAAACAGGUACUGGGGGAAUAUGGCAUGGCACAUUUCAGUAACAAGGGUAAGAGCAAGGGCAAAGAUUACUGCAUUUACUUCAAUCCGCAAUGGGCACAUCUACCUCAGGACCUUAACAAAGCGUCUCGGCUCCAGGUCCACGACCUGACGGGCUCCGUGCUGUGCUCGUCCUCCGAGGUGCCCGAAGGGGGCUUCACCAACCGCAUUCCCAUGGUGCUCAGGGGCAACUGCACCUUCUACGAGAAGGUCCGCCUGGCGCAGCUCAACGGGGCCCGGGGCCUGCUGAUCGUCAGCAAAGACCGGCUGACCCCACCAGCAGGAAACAAGACUCAGUAUGAAGAGAUUGACAUUCCUGUUGCCCUGCUCAGCUACGCAGACAUGCUGGACAUCAGCAAGACCUUUGGGAUGGGUGGAGAUGUAGCCAUGUACGCCCCAAACGAGCCAGUCCUGGACUACAACAUGGUGAUCAUCUUCAUAAUGGCCGUGGGCACAGUGGCCAUUGGUGGCUAUUGGGCGGGCAGCCGGGACAUUAAAAAGAGGUACAUGAAGCACAAGAGGGACGACAGCUCGGAGAAGCAGGACGAGGAGACUGUGGACGUCACGCCCAUCAUGAUCUGCGUGUUCGUGGUCAUGUGUUGCUCCAUGCUGGUGCUGCUCUACUUCUUCUACGAUCGCCUAGUCUACAUGAUCAUUGGGAUCUUCUGUCUGGCAGCCUCCAUUGGGCUCUACAGCUGCCUGUGUCCGUUUGUGCGCUCGCUCCCGUUUGGGAAGUGCAGGAUACCGGAGAACAACCUGCCGUACUGCCACAAGCGGCCUCAGGUGCGAAUGCUGAUGCUGUCCGUCUUCUGCGUGGGCGUCAGCGUCACCUGGGGAGUGUUCCGGAACGAGGACCAGUGGGCCUGGAUUCUGCAGGACGCUCUGGGAAUCGCCUUCUGUCUCUACAUGCUCAAAACCAUCAGGCUCCCAACCUUCAAGGCCUGCACCCUGCUGUUGGUUGUGCUGUUCGUCUACGAUGUUUUCUUUGUAUUUGUGACGCCGCACCUUACGAGUCAUGGAGAGAGUAUUAUGGUCCAAGUCGCAGCUGGUCCUCCAGAUUCCUCUACUCAAGAAAAACUUCCAAUGGUGCUGAAAGUGCCCAGGCUGAACUCCUCCCCCUUGGCCCUGUGUGACCGCCCCUUCUCUCUGCUGGGGUUUGGAGAUAUCUUAGUGCCAGGCCUGCUGGUGGCCUACUGUCACAGGUUCGACAUUGUAAUGCAUUCGUCGCGGAUCUAUUUUGUGGCCUGCACUAUUGCGUACGGCAUUGGCCUCCUCAUCACCUUCGUGGCGCUGGCGGUGAUGAAGACAGGCCAGCCGGCCCUGCUGUACCUGGUGCCUUGCACUCUCCUCACUUGCCUGGCGUUGGCACUGUGGCGCAAGGAAUUGCCCAUGUUCUGGACAGGAAGUGGCUUUGUGAUGGACGUGCCCCAACACCUAGUCAUGGCACCCAUCCAGAAUAGUCCACUGAAGCAGUCCUCGACCGGACAGCCAGCGAUCGACUGCACUGAAGGCCUGGAGCAGCCAAAUGAACAGCAAGAGAUCAGCUGCACUCAAGCCCCAGAACAACCAAAUGAACCAGAGAUCAGCUGCACUCAAGCCCCAGAACAUCCAAAUGAACAGUCAGUGAUCAGCUGCACUCAAGCCCCAGAACAGCCAAAUGAACAGUCAGUGAUCAGCUGCACUGAAAGCCCAGAGCAACCCACUGAAGUCCCAGUGAUCAGCUGCACUCAAGCCCCAGAGAAGCCCACUGAAGAGCCAGCGAUCAGUCACACUGAAGCCCUGCAGCUGCCCACUGAAGAAUCAGUGAGCAAUCCCGAGCCACAGGAAGCAGAGGUUACCAAUCAGAUCAAGGCCCCUCCCCUGCCGCAAGCGGAGGCCACGCCCAAAGACGAGGCCAGCCAACCGGAAUGAGGACAGUGCUUCAGAAUGCUACCACUUCCUAAGUCAUUUCAUUCUUGUUUUAUUUAUUAUUGAUGGACAGUACAUGCUGGACAUCGGUGGUACGACAGAGAGGGCAUCGGUGGACUUUGCAUGUCUCCUGUCCGCUGGUGCAGGAGGAGCACCUCACAGUGCUGCUCUCUGUCCUCACGCUUUCCACACUCACCUCCACACACUGCAGAAACCAAAAAAAACGCCUGUCUCAACAAGUUCAGUCGUUUAUUUUAGUCUCAUAUUUAGACCUAAAAUACUAUUUCUAUUUCUUUUUUUUUUUCCUAAUACUAAAAGGCAAAAAUAUUGUGAGGUGCGACUGCUUUGCUAAUGCGGUAAAGAAAUUUCAACCCUGCUGAAAAGAAAACGGCUCAAGCUAGGUUUUGAAACAGCUGGUAGCUGGUUGACCAGUUCAGAGCUGCUCCAUACUCAACAUGGUUUGAUCAGCUCAAGCUAUGUAUUGAAACAGCUGGUAGCUGGUCAUUUCAAGCUGGUCAUAGCUGGAUUUUACACCAGGGAAGCAAACAGAAACUUAAAACAAGCUAAUAUUUUGUACAUUUGACAAAGUAAAAUACAAUUUUAAGUCUCAUUACAAGACUAAAACACUUGUUAAGACUUUUUUUGCAGUGCAUAUCCUCAUAUCCCCCUCGCCUCCUGUCAUGGGUCCCAUGUGUACUUGCGGCUUCGCAAUAAUCCCAUGAAGCCGUGCGCACAGGAGACGGCCCCUCCCUCAUUAACACCCUUUAACCUGCUCGUGUGGGACAGCUCCACAAAAACUUGACUUUUUAUUUCAAAAUGUUUUUUUUCUCCAAUUUCCAUUUUCCUAAAACACAAAUCACCAUGUCAGGGUUCAUCCAUGUCAGAAAAGCACUUCCGUGCGUAGGUGAGCCGUCAGACCUUUUUAAAAACGAAAAAAAACCGUAUGGUUAUGUAUUACGAAUCUGUGCAAACCAAAGGUACCUGAGUAUUAAGGUUUUCGGUAUUUUUGAGUCUUGCUUACUUUCGAAGCCUGGUCUCUAUUAAGCUUGCAUGUUAAAGGUUAUGAUAAUAAAUAGGUGCUCUGUGUUUACGGAGGUGUGACGGUUAAAACCCCGUUUCCAUGGUAACACAGAUAUCGAUGCCAGCAGAUUUCAUGAUGAGCCUCUAUCCGGCCUUAUUCGUGUGCGUAGUGAGAUUGAAUGUGUGUUAGUAUAUUCCGUUACAGUAUUUCAGCACUUUAUGUACGAUGUGCUUCGGUGUUCUGUUUGUGUGAAAUAUAAAAAGGUAUUUUUUAAGCCGGUGACAGUGAUUAUCUGCUGGCCCUUGCUAUUGUAAAUUGCUGUUAUUCAGCCAAGUACUUGACUUGGAAGGUCAGCAGGGAUUGGUCUCUGAAAUCUUGCCAUUGUAAAUAUAUAUCUUGUUCAUUUGUCUUGACACCAAAAUUGUUCUAAAAUUGCUACUUGAACAUUGUACAUUGUCUGUUACACAUAAUGAAAAAAUACUUGUUCACACUUUGAACACCCUUAGUAUGUGUGCUUUUCCCAUUGACCGUAAUGAAUUGAAAACCGUCUGACACAGCGUUUUGCCCCAGAGGCCAGGGAGGUACAGACAUAAUCAAAAUGGAUGCUUUUCCAUUCAUUUGUUCUGUAAGUGUGGCACUAAAUUGUACAGGAUGUGUAGAGACAAAUGUCUCAUAUUCAGGGUAAGGAGCACACAGCCUUGGAAUGAGAAUGCAUAGCUGGGACACUAGAUGGCAGUAUUUCUCCAUUGCAUCGUUACUGUCAAACGUAACUAGCAAUAGCGCUUGCUUUAAGCAACAUGGGAAUCUGAAUUGCAGUGACAGUGUUGGUUUAGUGUUUUUAAUAGAAUUAAUAUGGGAAAGGAGGGGUCUUCCCAUAGUUUCAAUAUUGGCCAAACGUUGGUGUUUCUGGCUAUGUGGCUAUGUUUUUCCCAGCUCACAAUGUUCCUGGAAUGUUUUGCCAAUGUUAUGCCACUGCCAUUAUAUUCUACCAACAUUGUGAGAACAUUUUGUGUUAGUUGGAUAACAGUUAACCAACUAGCAUCAGGGGAGCCUUCAUUGAUACUUGUAAUUAGAAAUUCACUGAUAUCACUUAAUAUCAUUAACUGGCAACAGCCUGUUUUUUUUUUUAACUCCUCGACAGAGGUUUAAAAACAAUAAAGGAACAACUGCAUUAAAA